GUGAGGUGUAAAAUCUCUUCAAAAAGUCAACGUCGAAAAUUCUCUCAAAUUUGUUUGCAAUUUUUUUAAUUUCUUUCGACUUGUUCACAUAAAAUGGACGACGACUGGGCAGCAGCAGUCACCGCGCAAGAAAAUGUUUCGGAAAAGGUGAAACAGAUGACCAUUGGUAGUAACAGUUCAUCAAAGCCUGCUCCGGCGGCACCACCUUCACCACCAAGUAAUGAUCAGGCACCUAGUAAUGUUGUGUCUGAUGAGAAACCCUUAUCAAAAGAAGAAAAUUCAUUGCUCACAAAGGUCCUCAGAGCUAAACUAGUUGAAUCAACAAAAGAGGUUGAAGUUCAACGCAAAGACCCCAACUCUCCACUGUAUUCAGUUAAAUCAUUUGAAGAAUUGCCCUUGAAGGAUGCAUUGCGUCGAGGCGUUUAUGGAAUGGGUUUCAACUCGCCAUCAAAAAUACAAGAAACAGCUUUACCAAUGCUCUUAGCUGAUCCAGCCAGCAACAUGAUUGCCCAAUCACAGUCUGGGACAGGAAAAACAGCAGCGUUUGUUUUGACGAUGCUGAGUCGCGUAGACCCUGCAGAGCAUUUUCCACAGGUGAUAUGUCUUUCUCCAACCAUGGAGUUGGCAAAACAAACGGGAGCCGUGGCUGAACAAAUGGGAAAAUAUUGUCCAGAAAUCAAGAUCGCUUAUGCUAUACGAGGAAAUAGACUUGCUCGUGGUGAAAAGAUAACAGCUCAUAUUAUCAUUGGCACGCCUGGCACAUUGUUGGACUGGAUACUAAAGAUUAGAGCGUUUGAUCCACGAAAAAUCAGAGUGUUCGUUCUUGACGAGGCUGACGUCAUGAUCGAUACACAGGGUCACAAAGACCAAUCAAUUAGGAUACACAAAUUCUUACCAAAGGUUUGCCAAAUGUUGCUUUUCUCCGCCACUUACGAGGAACAAGUGAUGAAGUUUGCUGAAAGCAUCAUUCCCGAUCCUAUAAUGAUACGAUUAAGACGGGAAGAGGAGAGUUUGGAAAACAUCCGACAGUUCUAUGUCAUUUGUAAUGGCAUGGAGCAGAAGUUUGAGGCUUUGAGUAACAUGUAUGGUGUCAUCUCUAUUGGACAGUGCAUUGUUUUUUGCCAUACGAGAAAGGCUGCCUCGUGGCUGAGUGAGAAGAUGGCUGCAGAAGGUCACUCUGUCGCACUGCUUUCUGGCGAGAUUACUGUCGAACAAAGAAUAGCUGUGCUGAAUCGCUUUCGCGCUGGUAAAGAGAAGCUCCUUAUCACAACGAAUGUAUGCGCAAGAGGAAUUGACAUCGAGCAAGUUUCCGUCGUUGUAAACUUUGACCUGCCUGUGGAUAAAAUUGGCGCGCCAGAUUACGAGACGUACCUGCACAGAAUUGGGCGAACCGGGCGUUUCGGUCGCUAUGGACUUGCUGUAAAUUUCGUGAACGAGGGUCGUGAUUUGCCGACGUUAAAGAAUAUCGAAAAACAUUUUGGGCGACCUAUUGAGGAACUGAACACUAACGACGUAGAUGCCUUAGAGAAAUUGAACGAGUAAUUUAAUACCAAAAGGAUGGGAUUCAUAGGAAAGAUACAUAUUUCUCCAGUCGGAGUAGAAAUCAUCAUUUAAAAAGACAAUGUUCGUUGGAAAAUUGGUUAUGUUGUUGUUAAUAUAAAUAUUUUAAACAUUCGUAAAAAUUUUAACACUCAGCAGUUGAGUUUAGUUAAACAACGUUUUUUAAAGCGAUUCAUACGUGGUCCCGACUUUACU